AUGGCCCCCCACGCCAACGACGUCGCCGCCGGUAACGGCGUCAACUCGCGCUUCCACGCCACCUCGACCGAGGCCGCCAUCGCGUCGGAGAACGAGCACGCCGCCCACAACUACCACCCCCUGCCCGUCGUCUUCGCCAAGGCCCAGGGCGUCAACGUCUGGGACCCCGAGGGCCGCCAGUACAUCGACUUCCUCUCCGCCUACAGCGCCGUCAACCAGGGCCACUGCCACCCGGAGCUCGUCAAGGCCCUGACCGAGCAGGCCAGCCGCCUGACCCUCAGCUCCCGCGCCUUCCACAACGAUGUCUUCCCCAAGUGGGCCGAGAAGAUCCGCGAGGUCUUUGGCUACGAGAUGGUCCUGCCCAUGAACACGGGCGUCGAGGCCACCGAGACCGCCGUCAAGAUUGCUCGCAAGUGGGCCUACAAGGUCAAGGGCGUCGAGCAGGGCAAGGCUCUCGUCUUCUGCGUCACCGAUAACUUCCACGGCCGAUCCAUGACCGCCAUCACCCUGUCGACCGACCCCGAGUCCAAGGACAACUACGGGCCGUACGUCCCCAACAUUGGUGCUGCCAACCCCUCCACCGGCAAGCCCAUUCGCUUCAACAACGUCGCCGACCUCGAGGAGGUGCUCGAGGCCCACGGCAAGGACACCGCCGCCUUCCUCGUCGAGCCCAUCCAGGGCGAGGCCGGUGUUGUGGUCCCCGACGAGGACUACCUCAAGAAGGUCCAUGCCCUGUGCAAGAAGCACAACGUCCUUCUCAUCUGUGACGAGAUCCAGACUGGCAUCGGCCGCACGGGCCGCAUGCUGUGCUCCGAGUGGUCUGGCAUCAAGCCCGACAUGGUGACCCUGGGCAAGGCCAUCUCGGGUGGCAUGUACCCCGUCAGCGCCGUCAUGAGCAGCAAGGAGGUGAUGCUGGUGGUCGAGCCCGGCACGCACGGCUCCACGUACGGCGGCAACCCCCUGGGCUGCGCCGUCUCCAUCCGCGCCCUGGAGCUCGUGCAGGAGGAGAACAUGAUUGCCAACGCCGAGCGGCUGGGCAACAUCUUCCGUGAGAGCCUGGCGGCGCUCAACUCGCCCAUCAUCAAGACGAUCCGCGGCAAGGGCCUCCUGAACGCCAUGGUCAUCGACGAGUCUGCGGCGUCGGGUCGCACCGCCUGGGACCUGUGCAUCCUGCUCAAGAACAAGGGCCUGCUGGCCAAGCCGACUCACGGCGACAUUAUCCGGUUCGCGCCUCCCCUGGUCAUCACGGAGACGGAGCUGCGCAAGGGCAUCUCCAUCAUCACCGAGGCCAUCAAGGAGCUGCCAACCGUCAAGAAGGCCGCGGGCCACUAA